AUGAGACUAAGUAUUGUUAAAGUUCAGUUUGCAGCUCUUUUAGCCAUUUCCCUUUUUACAAAUAGAGCCUUUGCCCAAAGCUUUGCUUCGAGCUGCCCUAAUAUCCAAUGUGUGCAAUAUGAUGAUAAGAUGGAGCCAGAUAACUUAUGCCUUGCUCAUUCUGGAGAUAUCCCUACGACUUCAAUUAAAUUGAGAAAUUGCAAUGAUCUACCAAACUCAGUUUGCAACCUCAUAGAAUAUGAUAAAUUCGCUUGGCCUAAUGUCACCCAACAAUUUAAGACUAACACUUCUAUGACUGACCCCAGAUAGUCUCCUCUCUUUGGCAAGCAACUAGAAGUCAAGUGCACUGAUAAGAAUGAUUUGCUGGAAACUUAGUUAUAGAACGGAAGAAGUUGUCUCGAGGACAUCUAAUGUCUGAGCAAGAAGUGUGACUGGGAUGCUGGAAUAUGUGUAGGCAGAAAGAUCAAUUAGACAUGCAAAGACCAUUCAUAGUGCAACGCUGGCUUAGCUUGUAUGGCUGCUAGAACAUGGCCAUUCACCACAACCUGCUAGGCACAACUGGCUGAAAAUGUUACUAACUGCACUUCAGAUUUCGACUGUGCUAACAAUAUGGGUUGCAUUAUUGUAGUGGAUAAUAGAACGUAGGUGAAUAGAUGCGUCAAAUACUACUCACUUAAUGGGAGCACUCUUUUCACCUGGGAUCAGGAAUAGUAUAAUCUGCAGUCUAAUUUAACUACAUUCCUCAAUCUUACUAAGGAAGCUAUACUAUAUCAUGGCAAAUUUUGCAAAUCAGGGUUUGCCAAUAGAUUUUCAUUGAACAGAGCACAGUGCGUAGAUAUUGAUAAUGUGAGACUAAGUAAUGAUGUAAACACAGUGGUUGCCUCUCCUUACUAGUGUAGGGCUGAUGGGAGUGUUAUUUGUAUUUACUAAACAGGUAAUUUGAAAAGAUUUUCUUUGCAAUGCGAAUGUGGCUUUGAUUCAACCACGGGCUACUGUCCAUUACCUGAUCAGACAUUUAUGAGUAAUUUGGCUAAUUACUCAAGGUCUCUCUACGAUGGCAAUUAAUGCCACACCCUUGAUCGCCACAAUAUAAUUGCCUAAAAAGAAUGCGGUAUUGGGUAAUUUGUCACACAAAUCAAUACCUCAGUCAAAUUUCAACAAGCCAGUGAUUACCAAUUUCAGUUGAAGUACUGGACAUUUACUAGAACUGUUGAGUCAUAUUCCUGCAUGAAUAACAUUUUCCCAACUUCUCAACUGAGCAUAAUGGCUUUUGCAAAAUCAUUGGUUAUCAUUAGAAAUCUAGUAAUCACUCUAAGUGUAUUAUCAGCAUCAAUAUUAUUUCUUUGA